AUGGCGCCUCCCGACUUGGUGCUCCAUCCACGAGGAGGUCGCUCGCAGAGCAUUUCCAGCGACAAAGUUUCCCUCACAGGUUAUGGCGGAUUGAUGUCACCACCGAUCAUGAUCACACCAGAUCCAGCCUUCAUUGCCGCGUCAGCAGCCUCUCAGAUCGUCACAAAUGAUCAUGAUAGCCAGGCUGAAAGCUGGCUGGAUCAACAUGGAAUCGAGCCAUCAGGGGAGACAGCGCUCGUUGCGCAACCAGCGUUACGAUUAGUCAAUCGCUUUUUGGAUCAACUUCUUUAUAAUUUUCUCGCAAUAUCCAAAUCCACAUCUCUCACAUCUCUCCGGCCGGCGGUCAGUGAGGUUUUGAAGCCAAAACUUGCUAAAGGCGCGAUCGAUGGGGCUGACCAAGAGUUGCACGAAUAUCUCGGCGGUGGAGAUGACGAAACCAUCAUGGCAUACCACAACGGUCUCGAAGCAAAUGGCGAUUGGGAUCUAGAGUUAAUCUGGAAACGAACUCGAUUACGAUGUAUGGUUUACUCGUCAUUAGGGGAUAUGGAAGAGGAAGAUGAGGAUUUUUACACCGAGCAGGAGCAUCUUGAAAUUCCAGGUGGAUCCAACAGCCAGCAGUCUAAUGUGUCUGGCGUGGUUUCUCCUGCGGUUGCGAUCUUUCUUACCUCGAUUCUAGAGUAUAUCGGAGAACAGGUACUUAUUGUAGCAGGUCAGGCAGCAUACGCACGGCUGAAGUUGAAGUACGAAAAAGAAGCAAAAGAUGGGUCAAUUACGCCAGCAGACAUAGCUGAUCGCGUUGUCGUUGAAGAUAGCGAUAUGGAACGGGUUGCAUUAGACAGGACACUGGGAAGAUUAUGGAGAGGCUGGAAGAAGCGUGUUCGAUCACCGACCAAUUCUGUUUCCUUGAGCAGAUCCUUCUCCCGAGAUUCUUUACGGUCGCAGGAAGCAAGUCAGGCGGCCAGUGUCGCUCCCGAUGAGUCGACUGGCGAGAGUGAUCGUAGACCUUCGCUCAUAGACUCUGUUUUAGCAGAUUUCGAGUUUGCCACAGGCGUUCCUCUACCAAUGAACGAAAAUGAUGUGAGGGAAAUCGAAAUUCCUGGGCUUGCCUCUCAAAGCGAUGAUUCGGAUGUCGAAUCUUCAUCGAGUGAAGAAGAGGUCUCACGACCUCGACCAAGCAGUAUGGUUAUAUUUGGAAAGACGCCGCUGUCCUUCAGCAUUACAUCGCUUCCAACACCCACGUCAGAAGAAUCCAAGCUUUUGUCCUUACCAACGUUGAGAAAACGGGCGAACUCGUUGCCAACCCCUGGACCUGCUCCAUACAAUCCAUCAAAAAGACAAAAGAAGUCUGAUGACAACCUUGCUGAGACUGUUUCCGGGGAGUCAGAUGAAAAAGUGGACCAAACCCAGGAUGUUCAAGACGAGAAGCUAAACGAGGCCACUGUGUCUGAUAAGAAAGAUUCCGAGACCGAAACGAGUCAGGGUAAGAUAGCUGGUGUUAUUGCGGGUGUUGCGACUAUAAGCGCAAUUGCUGGAGCAGCUCUUGCCGCGCUUGCCAAAGGCGAGGCUCCUCAGACCGAGGUGGAUACCAAAUCAGAGAUUGAUAGUGACGAGGAGUUUGUUGAGGAAGCAGAGGAAGAAGUGCAGAUAAUGACGUCCUCUCGUAUCUCCAUAGGAGGUCGUAUCUCCCCAGAUGAGGUUAACAAGGCCCUCUCAAGACAUUCGAGUUCUCGGUCACAGAGUGUUCAAUCUGUCAAGGUUAUCGAUGUUUCCAGACCUACUAGCGCCCUUCCAACCCCAGAGUUACAAACACACAGAAUUUCGAGUCCAAUCCUACGUAGCGCAGAUGCCAGCCCACUAUCUCGCAAUGGUCCGCCAGCGCUUUACUCUAGGCACAGCGCGGGCGAAUCCAUCUCGGAAGAGAUUGAUCCAUAUGAUUCAGACCGUGAGGUUAUGAGUGCUAUCCCCGCUGAGCUCGCGGCAGCUAUGCAAGGAGUUGAUGUUGAUCCCAGCCCAACUUCCCAGCAUUUCACAUCGAAUGAGCCCAGUAGGGAGACCACUCCAAAGCCAGCCGCCUUUGUACUUGCUGCGGCUCCUCCAGCUCGUCAUCCACAACAUACUGCAAAAGCAAGGUCUCCCGUAGUUGAAUAUCAGCAACCUCCAGCAGGUCGAAUGCAUGCUACAUCAAAUCCUCGCGCCAAUGAGAAUGGAGCCUCACCACUCACGCCUCUGAGAGAAAUGACUGAAGGCGCGCCUGAUUCUUCCGAGGAAACAAAUUCGAUCCGCCCAAGUUACAACUCUCGCGACCCUGCUGAGCAUAUCAAGGGCCACUCCCCUUCUACUUCAGUCUCUACUCAACGGGCCGGCCCGCUUCGCUCGAUCAAUACGAAUAUCCCGCGUGAGUCUCCGACCCGCUCUACUCGGGACGAGACACCUCGAAAAAUAUCAAUCCAGCGGUCCAACGGGUCUGGCUCAGAUACAGCCAGCCAGAAAUAUUAUUUACAACGUGCGUCUGAGGAUGGCUCGUCGGCAGGAGACAAAAGUCAAAGCUUCGAGCAAUUGAUUCGCAGUGACCAAACUAUUCAAUAUACCCUAACUCCAGAGACAAUGCGAAAUAUUGAGGCUCUUGACAGUCCAAACGGCAGUCAUUCUAUAAAAGCAAACACUUACGAUGUUCCACGACCAUCGACCGGCCGAUCACGUUCCACGUCAGCGAGUAGACUUAAUGGAUUGCGCUCAAACCCGACAGCAAACUCCACCCCGAACCCAACUCUGCAGGCUAGAUCUGUGGCAGGUGGCUCAAAGCUGCGGUCAAACGUACCACAAGCACGAGAUGCGCGAGUCGAUAGAGACUCAAUAGGCGAUUUUGCUGAGUUUAUCAGAAGUACGGGCCCUGCAAACUCUUAUGAGCAGGUACCACCGCGGACUGCUCAGACACAUCGUGGUACAAACGGGACCGCGCGAAACUUUAGUGGAUCUGUCCCUCGUACCGCAAAUCAACCUAACCUUCCUCGACGAGCCGAGUCCUCCGCGGGGCGCAAGAAACUACAAGCUAGGGACGCAGUCGUGCCUCGUGGAGAUAGCAUCAGUGAUUUGAUCGAUUUUGUUCGUUCAGGGCCACAAGUAGAGACAAAUGGUGGCCACCGAAUUUCUCGCACGGUCGCACCAUUCAGAACAACCAUGGAUUCUGAUCAAAUGGUUGGUGCUGUUGGUGGAAAAGCCAUCGAUGCCUCUUUCCAGGAUGCACGAUAUAGUGUAGCAUCAAACUCGGUACAGAGUUCUGUUAACUCUGCUAGUGGAUUGCUCAAGCAUGCAGCCGUGAACAAGCCCAUGCAAAGUCAACGGAACGACUUCGAUGAAGAAGAUCGCAUGCCUAAACGCAAGACUCGUAGAGUGCGGGAUCCUUAUGCUAUUGACUUGUCAGACGAGGACGAAGAUUUCAUGCCUGCUCCACGCGCGAAACCGAUCCAAGAGGAGAGCCUUGCUGACUUUCUUCGAAAUGUUCCACCUCCUCCAGAACCAACAACCACUUCCGUCUUCGAUUCGGUUCCCAAACCACAUGCUAAGGGGAUUAAAAAGAAGUCUAGCUCACCUAGCCUUAUGUCUCGUUUCGGUCGCAGAGAUUCCGCACCAGCGGUUCAGAAGCCAAAAACAUCUUCUGGGCCGGAGUCACGGAAUGGCUCUCGAAAUGGCGCUUCAACACAUGCGCCUAUUACCGCUAAAUACCACGCUCCCGCCCCGUCUGCACCUCAAGACAGAUCAUAUAACAGCACUCAAGCCGAUGCUGCCAGAAGCCGAGUACCAAGGAAAACGUAUCAACCUCGUGAUGCUGUUCUUUCGUCAGCCAAUCGAACGAACGAUUUGGCUGACUUCUUGAUGAGAAGUGAGCCUCCAAGUAGUUCCCAAACGCAGCCGCAAACAUUCGUGCCAACGAUACAAAAAGAAGAAGGUAGUGCUUUCCAAAGAAUGUUUGGACGAAAGAAGGCACAUUAA